AAUAAUAAUAAUAAUAAUCAUCAUCAUCAUCAUCAUCAUCAUCAUCAUCAUCAUCAUCCCCCCGCAGGUGCCACCUUGACGUGGUGUUGGGGCUUAACCAUUCCAAAGAUGCUGAGGGCUGUGUUGGCGGGAGUGUAACUACCGGCAGGUCCAACCAAGCCAGAGAGGCCUCAGCGGAGGAAUGGAACAAAGAGCACCUAACCCAUUAGCAUUAUGGAGAAUCAAACCAAAACGAAGUCUAUACUGGCUUGGUCGUCGCCCAGGAUAAAAAGGACCGCGGUGGAUGCUGCUGAUUCUGGACAUCCAUCGACAAAUGGGCUACGGAAUAAUCAAAACCCAAAUGAACAGUCACAGAAGCAGCAGAAAUAUACAAUGCCAGAAAACCGCACAGUCAUGAAAUGCAAUUACAACUCUGAAUCUGAAAAGCGUGGCUACCAUAAAGCCAGAGAAAACUGCAACAACGAAGUUCUGGAAAGAGCUUUGGGAAAAUAAUAAGAACUACAACAAAAACGCUGGGUGGAUAAAGGAGUUUGAAGGAAAAUUCUCACAGAACAAAAUGGAACAGAUGGAAAUAACAACUGAAAUGAUCAGCAAACGAGUGCAAAAUGUCAAGAACUGGACAUCGCCUGGUAGUGAUCAACUUCAUGGAUUUUGGCUCAAACAUCUGAUUAGUUUACAUGGAAAAAUGGCCCAACAAUUCAAUGAGAUGCUGCAGAAAGGAAGUAUCAGUGAAUGGCUAACAAAUGGAAGAACAUAACUGAUACAAAAGUAUCCAGCAAAAGGAGCAGCACCAGGAAACUACAGGCCAAUAACGUGUCUGCCCACUAUGUUUAAACUACUGACUGGCAUCAUAGCUGACAGAAUUCAAGACUAUCUUGAAGAAAAAAACAUCUUGCCAGAUGAACAGAAAGGCAACAAAUGGAAAAGCAGGGGCACAAAAGACCAGUUAUUGAUUGACAAAAUGAUUCUGGAGAACUGUAAAAGCCGAAAAGCUAAUCUUCACAUGACGUGGAUUGACUACAAAAAGGCCUUUGACUCACUCCCACACAACUGGAUCAUCAAGUGCCUGGACGCCAUUGGGAUUAGUAAAAACGUUGACACCUUCAUUGAAAACAUGAUGGAGCACUGGAAAACUGAACUGUUUGUUGGAAAUGAAAGCUAUGGACUUGUCAACAUCAGGAGAGGAAUUUUCCAAGGAGACUCAUUGUCCCCUCUGCUUUUCAUUAUUGCCAUGCUCCCUCUGUCAACAAUCUUACAAAAAACAAAUCUCGGCUAUCAAACAUCUAAGAAUUCUCACAAAAAUGAAGGAAAAGCUGAUAAGGAGAAGACCUGGCUAUGGCUCACGAAUGGGACCCUGAAAAAGGAGACAGAAGGCCUGAUCCUUGCAGCCCAGGAGCAACCCAUCAGAACAAAUGCAAUUAAGGCCAAGAUAGAAAAAUCAGCUGAUGACCCAAAAUGCAGACUGUGCAAGGAAACCGACGAAACCAUUGAUCAUAUUCUCAGCUGCUGUAAGAAAAUCGCACAGACAGACUACAAACAGAGGCACAACUAUGUGGCCCAAAUGAUUCAUUGGAACUUAUGCCUCAAGUACCACCUCCCAGCAGUAAAGAACUGGUGGGAUCACAAACCUGCAAAAGUAUUGGAAAAUGAGCGCGCAAAGAUACUGUGGAACUUCCGAAUCCAGACUGACAAAGUUCUGGAACACAACACACCAGACAUCACAGUUGUGGAAAAGAAAAAGGUUUGGAUCAUUGAUGUCACCAUCCCAGGUGACAGUCGCAUUGACAAAAAACAACAGGAAAAACUCAGCCGCUAUCAGGACCUCAAGAUUGAACUUCAAAGACUCUGGCAGAAAGCAGUGCAGGUGGUCCCGGUGGUGAUGGGCACAUUGGGUGCCGUGCCAAAAGAUGUCAGCCGGCAUUUGGAAACAAUAGACAUUGACAAAAUUACGAUCUGCCAGCUGCAAAAGGCCACCCUGCUGGGAUCUGCGCGCAUCAUCUGAAAAUACAUCACAGGGGAAAUGUUCGACUUGUGAUUUUGUGAAACGACAUCCAGCAUAUCUAUCCUAUUUGCUGUGUCAUAGAGAAGAAGAAGAAGAAGAAGAAGAAGAAGAAGAAGAAGAAGAAGAAGUAGUUUAUUUGUAUCCCGCCACCAUCUCCCCCGGAGGGGACUCGGGGAGGCUCACAGAAAUAUCAAAUACAAAACAAUAACAAUAUACAAUACAUCAAUAAACAAUAACAUACACCAAUUGUAAUAUUUGCACAUUAACCAAAAAGAAUAAAAACACACUUAUUAAAAACAAAGAAUGUAAAAACAGUGGUUGUAAUAGUAAAUUAGCAAAGUGCACAUUAUAGGUUGUAAACUCAAAACAUAGAUAAAGUGCUCCAGAUUUGUUUGAGGUCAAUUUGGGAUGAGAGGAGAGGUCAAGUAACCAGGAGAAGUGUGACCAAUGCAGGAAAGGUUGAGGGAUAUAGUUAUGAUUAUGAUGGGGAUGGGCGAUCUUUUCAGGCUCUUCUGAAAUGCCAUCAGGGUGGGGGCUUGCCUGAUCUCCCUAGGGAGCGAGUUCCAGAGCCAGGGGGCCACUACAGAGAAGGCCCUCUCUCUUGUCCCCACCAACCGUGCUUGUGACGGCGGCAGAAACGAGAGGAGGGCCUCCCCUAAGGAACGAAGAAAUCAUGCAGGUUCAUAGGGGGAGAGACGAUCACAAAGGUAGGUGGGUCCCAAACCGUUCAGGGCUUUGUAGGUAAUCACCUGCACCUUGAAUUGGGUCCGGAAAAUGAACGACAGCCAGUGGAACUCCUUAAACAGGAGGGUUGACCGCUCCCUAUAUUGGGCUGCAGUUAGAAACAAGGCUGCCAAACAUUGGACUAAUUGAAGUUUCCAGGCCGUCUUCAAAGGCAGCCCCACGUAGAGCGCAUUGCAAUAGUCCAAUCUAGAGGUAACUAAGAUGUGGACCACCAUGACCAAGUCAGACUUCACGAGGUAUGGUCACAGCUGGCGCACAAGUUUUAAUUGUGCAAAGGCCCUCCCGGCCACCGCCGACACCUGAGCAUCAAGCAUCAGUGCUGAGUCCAGGAGGACCCCCAAGCUGCGGACCUGCGCCUUCACUGGGAGUGCGACCCCGUCAAACACAGGUUGCCACCCAAUACCCCGAUCAGACAUAUGACUGACCUGGAGGACCUCUGUCUUGUCAAGAUUAUGUUUCAGCUUAUUCACCCUCAUCCAGCCCAUCACAGCCGCCAAGCACUGGUCCAGUAUCCGAGGGGCUUCCUUGGAUUUCGGUGGAAAAGAGUAGUAGAGUUGGGUGUCAUCUGCAUAGAGAUGGCACCUCACUCCAAAACUCCGGAUGACCUCUCCCAGUGGUUUCAUGUAGAUGUUAAAAACCAUGGGGGACAGAAUGGAACCUUGCGGAACCCCACAGGUCAAGGGCCAGGUGUCCGAGCAGGUGUCCCCCAGCUUCACCAACUGGGAUCGGCCCUCCAGGAAAGACUGGAGCCACUGCAAAGCAGUACCCCCAAGGCCCAUCCUGGAGGGCCGACCCAGAAGGAUACCAUGGUCGAUGGUAUCGAAAGCCGCUGAGAUGUCCAAGAGAACCAGCAGGGUCACACUCCCCCUGUCCAGUUCCCUGUGGAGGUCAUCCACCAAGGUGACCAAAGUCGUCUCAGUACUGUGACCAGGUCUAAAGCUGGACUGCGAUGGGUCCAGAAAAUCAGUGUCAUCUAGGAAACCCUGGAGCUGCGAAGCAACCACUCACUCCAGGACCUUGCCCAAAAAAAAGUAGGUUCGAGAUUGGUCUAUAAUUGCUCAACAUGGUCGAAUCAAGGGAGGCCUUCUUCAGAAUAGGUCUCACUAUGGCCUUUUUAAGGGCAGAUGGAAAUUUACCUUGAGCCAGUGAGGAGUUAAUUAUCUUCACAAACCAAUCUCCUAACCCUCCUCAGGCCGAUUUAAUUAGCCAAGAGGGGCAAGGAUCCAUGGCACAAGUGGUCGCUCUCACCGCACCAAGGAUCCCGUCCACGUCAUCCAGGUGAACAAGCUGAAACGAAUCCCACAAAAUAGGACAGAGAGGUGCCUCAGUUACCUCACUUGGCAUUGCAUCAAAGCUAGCGUCCAAGUCAUGACGAAUCUGAGCGACUUUGUCUGCAAAAUGGUGCGCGAACUCACUGCACUGAGUUGCCAAGUCCUCAGGUGUCUCUGCACCCUUGGGAGGGUGGAGGAGCUCCCCGACGACACGGAACAACUCUGAUGGUCUAUUAGUUGCAGACGCUAUGUGGGCAGUCAUGAAGGUCUUCCUGGCUGCCUGCAAAGCCAUGGAGUAGGCCUUAAUAGCGGCACUAGCCCGUGCUCGGUCAGAGACGUCCUGAGUUUUCCGUCAGCGGCACUCUAGUUUCCUUCUUGAGCAUUUCAUCACUGCCAACGCCUCUGAGAACCAGGGAGCCGAAGUGAGUCUUCGCAAUGAGAGGGGACAUUCGGGGGCGAUCAUGUCAAUUGCCCUGGACAUCUCGCUAUUAUAGCGUUCCACCAAGGCAUCGACAGGAUCGUCAGCCUCCAUGACAGGAGAAACCCCAAGAAUCCAUCAGGAUCCAUAAGUCUUCUGGGGUGGACCAUCUUAAUGGGUCCACCACCCCUGCGGAGAUUCGAGGAGAUUGUGAGUCUUAAACUGAUCAGGUGGUGGUCAAACCAUGGCAAUAGAAGAAUAUUUGGCUCUUCCACUCUGACCCCACCAUCCGUCACAACAAAUACCAGGUCGAGUGUGUGACCAGCUUGAUGGGUGGGACCAGAUAUCACUUGGGACAGCCCAAUGGUUGUCAUGGCAACCAUGAAGUUUUGAGCUGCGCCUGUCAAGGUGACCUCAGCAUAAAUGUUAAAGUCUCCCAGCACUACCAGUUGCUGGGAAACCAACGCCACACCAGAGAUCACCUCUGCUAGCUCGGGCAGGGAGACUGCUGUGUCGCGGGGUGGACGGUACACCAGCAGAAUCCCUAAGCUGUCCUGGGUACCCACUUUAAUGCGAUGCCUAGGGCACCUUUGGCCCCUGACCCUGUGGCCCUUACUGUCCAGGACGAAGAAGACUUGGGUUUUUUCCCAUGUCAGCAAGAUUCAACUCCUUUCCAGAUGCCUCAUGUUGACAUUUCUGAGCCAGAGCCAAUUAAGGAUACCCUUGAAACUGUGCCGGUUCUCCCAGAUUCUCCGGAAGGUUUAGUGUUUGAUCGUAGGGCAUUUGUACAAACAGAAAGAUCGCAAAGACAAAGUUUGAGGAGAAGCGCCAGAUUAGCGGAGCGUGGAGACUAUGGCUAAACCCUGUUCUCUUGGGAAGAAUUUGGGAGUUAGACACCUGGCUGUGACUGUGACAAGCUCAGUUCUCUUGGGAAGUUUUAGGAGUCAGGCACCUGCUUUGGGGGAGCUUAUGAAGUUCAAUAAAAGUACUGCGCUGAGAACCUUCCUUUGCGGUGUCAACUUUACCUCUGACUGGAAAGUAACAUCGUCUCUAGCUCCUGGAAUUCAAGUGGCCUGAAGGUGCGCUACUCUUGAGUAGACCGGGUGCCGGUCUACCUCCCUGCCCAAGUUUGGACUGUGUUUUGGCUCCUGUCCAUCUAGUUCCUGCCUUGCUUUGAAAUCCUGUUUUUGGACAUUUACUCCAGAGAACACUUAUUGCCUCUUUGAUCCUUUUUCCCCACUCAAACUCAGCCGAGUAUUGAGUAUACUCGGCUGAGUUUGAGUGUGUUUCGGUUUUGGGACUUUGGACUCUAAUACUGGACAUAAGACUAUCACUUAUUGGACUAAUUUUAAUCUUUUCCGGAAGGUCAAUUGCUUAUUCAACUUUGCUGCUUAUUUCCUUUUGGAACUUUAUUUGCUUUAAGAAAGAUAUUAUAUUGUUAUUGGUCUCUGUGUUGGUUUUCAGUGCUCUCGCUGCCUUGGGGCGUAACACUUAAGAUGAACACACUCAAAACCUGCAGAUUGUGGGAUGGUGCACCUGACAAGGGAGAUGGACUGCUGAAAGACCACCGCAACCCCACCUCCCCGCCCCCCGGAUCUGGCCUGCUGUUGCACCCCAAAACCUGGAGGACACAGCUGGGUGAGAUUUACCCCACCGAGCUCGUCCAACCAGGUCUCGGUGAUGCAAGCCAAGUCCGCAGCUUCAUCAAGAAUCAAAUCCUGGAUAAUAGAUGAUUUACCAUUGAUGGACCUGGCAUUGAACAGCAGAAGCUUCAAUCCGAGGGGACUGUCAUGGAGACUACCACAUCUAACCUUAUCCAGGGUUGCAAGAACUCUGAUGCGCUUAUCCCUGGGUCGAUGGUGAUUUUUCCUCCCCCUCCCCCACACGACCUCAAUAGUCUCCCCCCGACCCUGGACCACCCCACCCCCUGGGGAACAGGGAGAUGAGAACUGAGAGUAGGGCACCCUAGUCAGCUCUCUGUAACUGGAGAGCUACACGAGGAUGGAUUGUGUCCACGAUGAGGCAGUAAUGGUGAUGGUGGUGGUGAGGGGAGUGAGCUAUCAGAAAAGUUGGAUUGGCUGAACAAAAUCAGUAUCUGAGGGUGGGAAUCGGGAGUGGAUUGGGUAGUGGAUGAAAACAAAGAAGUGGAGAUUUGACAAUUUUCUUCGAAUGAAGGGGACCUAAUUGGGGAGCUACGGGCACUAUUAAUAUUUGAGGUGAUAUGAACUCGAGAGGGUGGUACCAAGCCUACCACUAAGGGGCAGAUCAAGGAGUCUAAUACGACUCUUCUAAGAUUAAUUCCCCAUGAUUGUAAUAGGGGUUUAAGUGCCCAAAGCUCUUCUGUUAGUGAGCUAUCCUCAAAGGUGGUAAUGAGGAAAAUAAAGAGGUCUUGUAAUUGGAAGUCCCUACACAGCCAAGUAACAGUCUUCAAUUUGACUGGGGUUAAGCUCUUAGAUAGUAUCUGGGCUAGGAACUUCUGAACCGCUCUCCUAGAGGUCCAUCUACCCCUAUUUAAUCCUGAAUCUGUGAUCUCGAACGCCAAUUUCUCCUUUUGGAGGAGAAGAUUUUGAUUUUGAUGGCGCUUCGGGACCGAUGGACAGGAAACAGACUCUGAUGUUAAAUUUGUAAAUGAUCUUAACACACCCAAAUCUACUACACUACACCCAGCCUUCCCCUCAGCCCUGCAAGAGCACGUGAAGAGAAAAGGGUCACAAAUAAAAGUUGUUGCUGUUGUGAUGAUGACAAUGAUGCUUUCUUGUGAUAUGUUGUGGUAGACUCAAGAAACAUAGGAGAAUAUAUCUAAACCAUAGAUCAGUAGUUUGUAGCAUCUGAAUUUUUGUUUUAAAGAAAAUUAAACAUGUCCCUACUUUAUACUUUAAUUGUAAAGAAAAGCAAAUAGUUCCUUGUUUACAUUCAAAGUGUUGCCUCCUGUUGGCUCUUUUCCACAUCUUUAGACAUAAGGAGCCUUUUAAAAAUCUAGAUUUUUUUUUAAGAUUCCCAAAAAGAACAGCACUGAUCUAACUGUAAAGCAGGUCAAGAAAGAGGAAAUGAGAGGCUGGAAUGAGGAUUGAUUGUGUCCCAAGCUUUUCUAAUAAAAAUAAUGAUCUAGCUCACUUUUGUACAGCAUUUGUUUGUACAAAACUGAGCUAAAAUCUGCAGGGAAGUAUAAAUGACAAUCCACAAUAUGGGAAUUGUUGAAUAAACUGCUAAAAUAUAUAAUUAAACAUUUUGUAUGUCGACUGACCCACCUGAUCUGUUAUAAAACAAAUUAAUGAAAAAACAUACACUGGUGAAAGAAAAUAUGGUACAACUGAAGUACAACUCACAUACUGUCCUGAUGCCAAUUCCAAAUAUUAAAUUGGAUGAUAAGCCCAUCAUUAGAGCUAAGCAAAUAAUUCACACACAGUGAAUAAUUUAUUUAACAAUCUUAGUUCCUUUUUUAUGUAUACAGAAUAUCCGUGAGUAGAUUGCAAUUACCCUGAAUUUAUUCAUUAUUCACAUUUACUGCAAUGUAUGUGAAUCUCUUUUUAAAUUCAAGAGCUUUUCACGAGAUGGCCCAUAAAGCAACAUCCUCAAACUGAGCUUUGCUGAUUUCAAAUAGAGGUACUAACUGAUCAUCAUUUCUAGUUUUCAAGUAAGGUACUCAUCAUUUUAGAAUAGAAACUAAAUGUGGUAAGACUAAGUAUUUGGCUUUACUAUUUAACAGAGCAUGUCCAAAUAUAAGUCACCCAUUUUUCUCUAGUUUCAAUCUCAUAGUUUCCUAAUGGAUGAAUAUCAGAAGGCAGUCUUAAGAAAGAAACAAAAAUUCUUAUUAUAGUAGCCAGUAAUGGCAACUUUUGUGUUCUAGAGUUAAUUUUUAAAACUGUGUUUCUUCAUGGUGGAAAAAUCUCCCUAUUUAUAACUGGCAGGAGGACCAUAUUCUGUGUCCCACUGGUGGGGCAACAUAAAGUGGGAGGAGAUGGGAGAAGGAUUUCUUCACUGCAGCACCCCCAUUGUGGAAUGCCCUGCUUUGGUGGAAAAACAAGGUCAGAUUAACCCUUUCUAAGCGUGCUGUAACACCAAGAAGAGUCCUCCUCCACUGAAGACCUGCCCCCAGCAGCAGCUGAGUCAGACCAGACAAACUGCUGACCAAGACAUUGUGAGCCACAGCCGGCCAGUAGGAUCCAUGGUGUGAUCAGAGACUGCAGCAAAGUGGAGCAUGGGAGAAGACAGUAAAGGUGGUUAUGCAGCAGUGUCGAACUGCACUGCUGGGUGGUCAGGUUUCAGUCUUUGCAGCAGCCAAAGUGUGUUGUGCCUGUCUGACUCAUACCAGGGUCAAUUCAGCAUACACUAUGGCAUAUUGGCCAAGAAUAGAGGGUCAGUGUAGAUCCACUCUAGCAGAACUCAGGACUAAGAUAUUUAUUUGUCUAGGUUCUGGUUUUGAUUUAUUUUGCUAUUAAAAUAAUUGGAUUGUAAUAAC